AUGGUAUACAUGGGACUCGCGGGGCAAUACUUCUCGGAGCUGGAUCCAAAUUUCGAUGGCCCUCCUAAAGCAGUCGAUCCAGCAGUCCGUGCCCGCAAACUUGUGGGUAUGGAACGCCGUGACGUCAUACUGACAGCAGUUUUCGGAACAGUCGGUGCCCUCGCAAUUCUAGUAGGACUCGCAUUAGCAAUGUGGCUCUAUCUACGCGCCAGGAAGUCCAAGCAACGGGACGACGAUCUCGAGGACCAAAACGACAAUGGCGACGGCUCGAGCCAGCAACAAACUACCAAGAAAAAUGGUUUUCUGAAUCUGAAGACGCCUCUGAUCAGCACGAAGGCUCUUGGAGCGCAAUUAGAGACGACCGGUAGUCCCUCUAGCAAGUCUCCGGCAGGUGGUAGCGGCGGACCCGCGAGCGGCGCGGCAGGAGCAACAGCGGCACCAGGAAGCGGCGCCAGCAAUGCCGGAAGCGCGGAACCCCGUACACCCACCACCGGGCCGCAGAACAAGCAACUGCAAAAUGUCAAAGGAGAUCACCCCUCGAAAGCGUUUCUACAGAGCAGGUCCAUCUCCUUGGUCGACAUGUACAUCGAUAAUUCGGAACCGAGCGAGAAUGUUGGCCAGAUCCACUUCAGUCUCGAGUACGACUUCCAGAACAGCACGCUCAUUCUGCGCAUCAUACAGGGUAAAGACCUGCCGGCGAAGGACUUGUCAGGCACUUCCGAUCCGUAUGUACGUGUGACGCUGCUACCGGAUAAGAAACACCGACUCGAGACGAAAAUCAAAAGGCGCACGUUGAAUCCGAGAUGGAACGAGACGUUCUAUUUCGAAGGUUUUCCCAUACAGAAGCUGCAGAGCAGGGUAUUACAUCUACACGUCUUCGACUACGAUCGAUUCUCGAGGGACGACUCCAUAGGGGAAAUGUUUCUGCCGCUUUGCCAGGUCGAUCUAUCCGAGAAACCAUCGUUUUGGAAGGCUCUUAAGCCGCCGGCUAAAGAUAAAUGCGGAGAACUCUUGUGCUCGCUGUGCUAUCAUCCGAGUAAUUCCAUAUUGACGUUGACUCUCUUGAAGGCGAGGAAUCUCAAAGCUAAGGAUAUCAACGGAAAAUCAGAUCCGUACGUCAAGGUGUGGCUACAGUUUGGCGACAAGAGGAUCGAGAAACGCAAGACUCCUAUUUUCAAAUGCACCUUGAAUCCAGUAUUUAACGAGGUAUUCUCCUUUAAUGUACCUUGGGAGAAGAUCAGAGAAUGCUCUUUGGAUGUAAUGGUGAUGGAUUUCGACAACAUUGGACGAAACGAACUGAUCGGUCGAAUUCAGCUCGCAGGAAAAAAUGGAAGUGGCGCGAGCGAAACGAAACAUUGGCAGGACAUGAUCACGAAGCCGAGGCAGACAAUUGUGCAGUGGCAUCGCCUGAAGCCCGAGUAA